CCGGAACAUAUAAAUAAGAAAAACUAAUAAGGGAAAUUAGAAUUGAAAGAGCAAAUUGGGCGAAAAUGGUGGCACUAUCACUGUACAAGGGAAAUCUCCAUAGAGUACCUGAAACUCCACGUCGAUGGCUAAUGCCAACCCCCAAAAUCUCUCUCAAGGACUUCCGAUGUCUCCUCCGUCGCCGGUCCCGAGCCCUCUCUCGCCUCCCAACUCCUCCCGAUGUCUCUCCUACCACCGCCACCGCUUCAAACCCUAACCCUAACCUCAAAACUGAUACCAAAUCCAAACCUGAGGAGGAGGUUCCUGUUUCGGUCCCAGUAAAGACCGAGAAGGAGGAGGAGGAUGUUCGAGUGGAGAAUGUGGAAGUGCCGGAGAAAUUGGUUGACUCAUCUGCUGUCGUGGUUGAACCUAAGCUUGAGGUUUUGGAAAACGAUCAGAAAUUGUUGGUUCCGAUGAACCCCUCCGGUUUGGAGACUAUCAACAAAGAGGAUGGAACUGAUAAUCAGAAAAAAAAGGAGAUUGAGGAUAAAUUACAAGUUCUGAAUAUGAAAAAGCAUGGUUUGGUACAGUUACUAAAACAGAUUUUGAAUGCAGAAGAGGAGCUAAAGAGACGGAGCAUGCAAGGUAUGGCAGUGCGGCCAUCACUCCCACUUCAAGUGGAUACUACAAACGACACUGGAUCUAUAACUAAACUAAACACACCUAGAAUGGGCUCGGAUGGUAACCCCAUUGGUGAGGUGGAUGGAGAUGGAGGUGAUGAUGCAUCCAACCAGAACACACUUUCUCGGAAUUUGCUUCGUAUGAGCAGUACAUCACCAUCUUCAGAUUCUCAACUGAGGAAGACCCCCUAUAAUGUGGUUCCUCUCGCUUCACGAUCUGUUGGAGUUACUGUUAGUCCUUCACGGUUUGCACCUCCGGGACAGCAAGGGCAACUCUCAAAUCUCCCCCCAAUGUCCCUAUCUGGAACGAACUUUGUUGCCUCCUCUCCUUCUCCUGUAGCAUCAGGCGGCACUUCAGCAUUUCGGGAUCGGUUUGCAAGCCCAUGAAAUUGGAAGUUGUGCUGGUUGUUUCUACGUGUCAAGGUGGCCUAGCAAGUGGUUGUUACUCCUCCUGUCAGCUGGCUUUCUGUUCUCUCUACCUCAUUCGAAGUUUCAAACUGGCUAAUCUGUGAAGCUGUAAAUCAUUCUGUAGUUCCAAAUUGCUCAUUCACUGUAAAGGUAGUAGUGAAGAUGCAGUGUCUUAAGUCUGGUGCCUUCUAGUUGGAAGUAUAGUAUUUCUGUUAAUCUGGCUAGGUGUGUGUCCAUCUGGUCCUUAUGAAGUUUCCCUGAUUAUGUUUUUAGUUCUUAAAAGGUGUUAGAAAUGAAUAUCCUAUGUACAUAUGUGAUGCCAUUUUGCUUUUAAGUCGUUAAGUUCUAUUACUUGUUAAACAAUGUGAUUGUCCUCAUUCAGAUUUCAAUGCCUUAUCUCAAAGAUCCCGAAUGAAGUA